AUAAGAGAUUUAUUGUCGGACCGCCUGACGAACACAGCAGAAAAUGGUUCUAUUCAAAUUUGUUCUCAUAGCACUUUCAACACUCCAGAUGAUAAACAAUGCGAACUCUACAGAGGUUGAUGGAGAUUUUUGCAACCGGCAACAUCUUAAGCUUGAGAUGGAAGGUUCUACGAAUAUUGAAGUCGAUUCUUGCGAGGAUUUCUAUGACUAUGACUGUGGUAAUUGGACCCAACGUGUACACUGUGAUCAAUCUGACCACCUAAAUAAACUGCCAUUGGAAAACAGUACUGGAUUGGAACAGCAGGCCUAUGAGUUUUAUCAAUCCUGCAAUAAUAUCGAGUUCUUCUCGACGAGGGCGUACUUACUGUGGCUGGAGCUUACCAAGAAUUUAAGCCUAUCUACGAUCCUUACUUCGAGGGAGCUAUGGAUUUGGCGGAAACAUUGGUAGUUUUACACAAGCAAGACUCUAUAGCGUUUUUGUGAACUUUAUCGGAGCAAAAAAUGAGGAUUUCUCUGAAGAAGAAAGUCCCACAAAAUUGUCUACAGCUUUGAUCUCCUUGAUUGGAAAAUAAAUGGAUUA